AUGCAGUACAUUCAGACCAUCUUGCUACUCUCCUCUCUCUUGGUUACUGUCUCCGGACACACAUACCUUGUCAGCCCAGCUCCAUUCCGCGCCAAGGAAAACCCAAACUCCAAGAACGUCGACUUUGACCUUGCAUCGCCGCUCUCCGGUGCAGGAGCCUUCCCCUGUAAAGGCGCUCACACCGCAGCUCUCGCAGAUCCUACAGGCGAGGGAAAGCCCACAGCAAAUUGGAAGACCGGCGAGGAUGUUACCUUUACUUUCAGCGGAGGUGCCAAGCAUGAUGGCGGAUCUUGUCAAGCUGCACUGUCGACUGACUCCGGUGCUUCAUGGAAAGUCCUUCAUAGCUGGGAAGGCGGAUGUCCUCUUUCAUCGGUAUCAUUCAAGGUACCUGGCGACGCUCCUACGGGAACAGCGCUCGGCGCAUGGACAUGGUUCAACAAAGUCGGCAACCGCGAGAUGUACAUGAACUGUUUUGCGGUCGACAUCCAGAAGGGCAGCGGCGGAUCAUCAGCUGCUCCCUUCUCCAGUCGUCCCAACUUGUUCGUCGCGAACAUUGGCACAAACACCUGCCAAGUUCUCGCCGGAAAGCAAGCCAGCUUUCCAAAUCCAGGACCUGAUGUCACCGGAACUGGAGACGCCGAUUCUCUCUCUGGAGAAUGCGGUGCAUCUUCAGGAGGCUCUCCACCAGCCGAUGGAAAGUCUCCCUCACCAACCGGUGCGCCGGCUGGAGAUUCUGGUCCAAAGCCUACGACCAUUCUCAAGUCAACCACCAGCGUCGCAGGAUCACGUCCUUCCGGAUCCGUAUCAUCAGGCCCGCAAGCCUCACCUCCCGCAGGAGGAGUCACGAUCACCCCUAUUGCAGGAUCUUCUGGCUCCACAGCUCCUGCCGGAGGCAUCUCCAUGGACGGAACAUGCGGCGGCGCCACGGGCCAAAAGUGUGCGGGCAUGAACUGCUGUUCUUCAUCAGGCUUCUGCGGUAGUUCUCCAGCUCACUGCGGAACAGGAUGUCAGCCGGCAUUUGGAACAUGCGCUGCGCCUAAGAUUCGGGGUCGUGGGGUGAAUGUCUCCCGGAAGAAUUAA